UGAAGAAAGUGGCUGGGGUAUUUUGGUCAUUAUAAAAGUCUGGAAGUUGGAGGAAUGGGGUGGAAAGAGACAAUCUAAGUCCUGAAUAAAAGCCAUCUUGUGGAAGAAAAAUGAGAGAAACAAAAACCAGAGACAAAGAUCUAUUUCAAAACCCAGUUAAGAGGUAAGAGCCAAAGAUAUCAAGGGAGCUAGCUAGCAGCAUUGGCAAGGAAGCUAAUCUUCUUCACAAAUAUUUUCUAACAAGCAAAGAAAAGAAUUCCACACUUCCUCCUUAAUUACCCUCUUCCAUCUCUCUAUAACUUCUCCCCAUUUCUCAGUAAUUGGAGAAUUCUUGAAGACUAUCUCUCUCUUUCAUUAGUUUCCUUCAUCAUGACAUCAUUUUUAAGCAGGAUAGCCAUGAUUCAUAUAGUUCUUCUAUUUUCUCUAACUUUAUCAGAUUAUGGUUUUCCACAAGGAGUGACAUCCCUUGGCAUCAAUUAUGGUCAAGUAGCCAACGAUUUGCCACCACCACAGAAAGUUCUUGAUCUCUUGACCUCUCUUAAACUCACCAGAGCAAGAAUCUACGAUACCAAUCCUCAAGUUCUAACAGCAUUUGCUAACUCCAAUGUUGAAAUUAUUGUCACUGUAGAGAACCAAAUGCUUGCUGUAUUAAUGGAUCCUCAACAAGCCCUUCAAUGGGUCAGUACCCAUAUCAAGCCAUACUUUCCGGCCACUAGAAUCACCGGAAUCGCAGUAGGGAACGAGAUCUUUACUGAUGAUGAUACAACAUUAUUAGCAUACUUAGUUCCAGCCAUAGUCAGCAUUCAUGGGGCACUAGUCCAAUUAGGCCUGGGUAGCAUUCAAGUCUCAACACCUAAUUCAUUAGCUGUUCUUGCUCAAUCUUUCCCUCCUUCGGCAGGUAUUUUCAAAAGUGAAGUGUCAGGAGUCAUGUCACAGUUUUUGCAAUUUUUGUCAAGCACCAAGACACCAUUUUGGAUCAAUGCAUACCCCUAUUUUGCUUACAAAGAUGACCCGAAUAGGGUUUCUUUAGACUAUGUUCUUUUCAACCCUAAUUCAGGAAUGGUUGACCCCUACACCAAGUUACGUUAUGACAAUAUGCUCUAUGCUCAAGUAGAUGCCAUUAUCUUUGCAAUGGCUAGAUUAGGUUUUAAUGGAAUUGAAGUGAAGGUUUCAGAAACUGGUUGGCCAUCAAAAGGAGACGCAGAUGAAAUUGGUGCAACAAUUGAGAAUGCAGCAAUGUAUAACAGGAAUUUGUUGAGAAGGCAAUUGGAGAAUGAAGGUACACCUUUAAGGCCUAACUGGAGGCUAGACGUUUAUUUAUUUGCAUUAUUCAAUGAAGAUAUGAAGCCUGGACCAACAUCAGAAAGGAACUAUGGUCUAUAUCAACCUGAUUGUACUAUGGCUUACAAUGUUGGACUAUCCGCUCUUUCAAGUUCUUCUUCAUCAACAUCAUCAGCUUCCAUUUCUCUCACUUCCUCUGCUACUAAGGCUUCAAACAAGGAAUAUGAAAGCUUGGUGUACUGGAUGUAUGUGUAUUUGCUGACCUUCCACGUUUUUAUGAGAAGACCUUAUUAAGCAAUUGGAGUUCAAAUGUACAUAUUUUUAUUGCAUUAUUUUGGUAAGAAACAUAGGGGUCUCUUCUCUUCCUUUUCAUUUUUCUUUUUCUUUUUUUGGUACUUUCCGACCUUCAAAACAAUAGAAAGAGAGACCCCUCAACAAGAGGAAUUUAGGUACCUCUAAUUUGCACCAAGCAAUUCACAUCCAACAUAUAGUAUUUCAAAAAAUUGGCAAUUGCUUCACAAAUAAUUAUUUAGCCAUGGCAAUAACCUCCUUCAUCAACGUGAUCUCCACCAUCGGUCACUCUCAUCCAACUCGAUUUCGCAGUCUCGGUCAAGAAAUGAGCAUCUUUUGUUAGACAAAGAACAAAAGCUAUCGUAUAUCUUUUCUAUUCUAAUGUAAUUGUGUAAAUUUCACUUUCUCAAUCUAGGACAUAUAUUUUAUGUA